CAGGUUCAGUCUCUUUUUCUCUUGUCCAUCUGAGAAUUCAGCUGUUUUUUUUUUUUUUUUUGACCUAAAUCCCACUCUUUCUCUCACUUCCCAGUCUUUUUUCUUUUCUUCCUUCUCUCGUUUCCCAUUCCGUCAACUCUUCCCUGGUCUUCUUCUCAUCAGCAUCAACACCCUCUCUUUACUUUUUGGAAGCCACCGGGAUCCUGCUCGUCUUGGAUCUAGCUGCAAAUGAACCUUGACUUUGACAACGCCGCCCAUCUUUCUCAGCUCUCAACUUCGCUUUCGCUUUCUGAUUCCGCCGCCGCCGCCGCCACCGCCACCGCCACCGCUCCGUACUACCGCUCACUGCUGACAUCGUUUGAAGCCUCGCCGCCCAGCAGCGGCCGCUUUAGCAGCUACAGCAGCAGCACGCAUAGCAACAGCACCACGAGUUUCGGCAAUCCAAGCACGUCACGAUUGUCCCACUCGUCGAGCACGUCCUCGCUGCUUUCGCCGCGCGCCUUCCAGAUCGCCUCUGCCGCCUCGCCCCGCUCGUCAAUAUCGUCCAUCCCACCAGCAGCACUUGCGCACCCAGUCGCGCUGCCACAUUCGCCGCUCCUGCAAAAGCACCACCCGGUGGUGCUGCUGGGACUGGAGGGGGAGCGCCAAACCGCAGCUCUCGUGGAGGGUUCUCGAAUGCGGUUUCCCAGCGCGUUGGACGAGAUCUUUGCCCAGUCGCAGCAGAUCCCUGCACCACCACCACCGCAGCAGCAGCAGCAGCAGCAGCAGCAGUCAGUAGCAGCAGCAGCUUCUGACAUGGGCGGCAUGGCACCGGCAUAUGCAUCACUGGCACAGCAGCAGCUACAGCAGCAACGGCAGCAGUUGUUCGGCGGUGUCACAUCUGCCGCUUUGGCCAGCGCAGGCACGCCCCUGCUCGCUGCUGCUGCGACAGCCACCCCGUUCCCCACACUCACCGGCAUGCCAGACAUGGCGCUCGACACACAGCAAAAGUACUCUGGCCUCGCCAUGCUCGUUGCGGACAUGCUGCCGAAUUAUCAGCAACAGCAACAACAACAACAACAACCGCAGCCACCGCAACAGCACCCAAUGAUGCAGCGUCCCAUGCAACAACAACAGCAACAACAACAACAGCAAAUUCAGCUGCAACUCCAGCCGACAUAUCCCCAGCAGCAGCAGCAGCAACAGUCCGCCCCGACUUCGUACCUUGCACAGUCGGCUGCCGGCUACCCUGCUGCCGCCCUAUCCACGUCGUCGGCACCCGCUGCUCCAUCUCUAGUUGAUCAGCACUACCUCAAGAAUUUGCACACUGGCAACUCUGCUCAAUUGCUGCAGCGCCAGCAACAUGCAUUGGCCAUCUCCUCAACCAAGCUCACGAUGGCAAAUGUGGCGCAGUGGGCGCUUGCCAGUGCCGCCGUGUCGCCAGCUGAUCUGCAAAAUUCCCCCCGAAUGGACCAGCUUGCCGCCGUGUCCGCAUCCAGCAUGGCAAGCGUCAGUCUCCCAAGCUCUUCGGCUCCGCGCAACAACUUUUCUGCUGCGUCAACGAGUGGCACCUUUGACGAGUAUUUGGCUCAAAAUCCGACGGCACUCUCCCAUGCAGCAUCUUUCAACCCUCACCAACAGCACCAGCAGCGACUCUCUCACGUGUCCGUGCUGGAUGAGGUCCAGCGCACUCCUGUCGUUACCUCGGCGUCGGAAACGUGGCUCGCAGCAUUUCCUGAUCAUCAGCAGCAGCAACAACAUCAGCCCGAGAAACGACGAGGCGAGGAUCUGGCAUAUCCGAGUGACAAGCGCGGCCGUUUCGACGGGCAGCACCCGCUUGAAGCAUCGUUCGCUUUGCAACAACAAGCGUUUGCACCCCAGGUUUACGGCAAUCCCAGCGGUCUGUCUCAGGUGUAUCAGCAGCAGCUGCAGUCCUAUCUGCCUCAACAGCAGCAGCAGCAGCAGCAGCAGCAGCAGCAGCAGCAGCAGCAGCAGCAGCAGCAGCAGCAGCAGCAGCAGCAGCAGCAGCAGCAGCAGCAGCAGCAGCAGCAGCUUCAGCUUCAACAGCUCCAACAGCUCCAACAACUCCAACUUUUGCAGCAACAGGCAUACGGACUCAUGCCGCCAGCAGUGUCGUACCUGACGCCCAUGCCAGCAACCAAUCCGUUGGACGUCGCUACAGCACAGCUUCAUCCACCCUCCGACGACCCGGCCGCUUUCGGCAUGGCAGCUCAGCAACUAGUGCGCUCGCAGUCCGCCACAACUUUGCCUUCGGAGGAGGAUGGCACUGGCUCGUCCGCGUCCUUGUCGCCGACGGAAACCAUUGCUGCAAACGUGCUCGAACCCGUGCGGCUGCAUCGCAUGGGCAGCAAAGGUCGGUUGAAAACCUUCCACAUCUGCCCGUAUCCGGAUUGCGGCAAGAGCUAUGGCAAGAGCUCCCACCUCAAGGCGCACAUGCGUGGCCACACUGGCGAAAAGCCCUACUGCUGCCGCUGGCCGGACUGCACGCAGCGCUUUACCCGUUCCGACGAGUUGACGCGCCAUCGCCGCAAACACAGCGGUGCCAAGCCGUUUGUUUGCAGUCACUGCACCAAGCGCUUUUCGCGAUCCGACCACCUGACGUCCCAUCAGCGCGUUCACACUCGUGGCGGCGCGCGUUCGUCCGCAUCAGAAGUCCAAACUCCAAUGCCUCCUGCGAGCCCAGACCAAAACUAAAACACAAACAACCCCAAAAAACAACCAGUAGUAUCGUCAACUCGUUUGAUUUACUUUGUGUCGUACGCUUUCUUCGUUUUUUGAUCGAUUGUCAGUAUCCUUGCGUUGUUAUUGUUUAACAAUGCGAUCGGUUUCUUUUUCGUUUUUUUUUUUUGUGAGUGGUUGUGCUUGUGAUAUUGUCUUGUAACAAUGCACUCGGUUGAAUCUU